UGAGGAAGGACUUCGCGUUUGUUUGUGUCUGCUGCUGUAUGAUGAUCGACUGAGACUUCUUCUUCUUCUGCUGCUGCUGCUGCAACACCAACCGUGAUGACGACGACGACACCGCCCGAGCGCGUUGAGAGCGAUGUGGCGUACUUGGUGCCCAACUCCAGCGCAGAUGUGCUGCUCUACUUCCACCCCACCAUGAAGGAGGUGGCGCAACGCUUGGGCGAUAACGUGCUAGAGCUCCAAUCGCAGCAAGGCAACGUCGGACGCCUUCGUAAACAGCUGGAUGUCCGUGAUGACAUUCGCUGGGAAACGUUCAAGGACGGCUUCCCAAACCUCUUCAUCGAGAAUGCGGAGAUCAUCAAGUCGCGGGACGUCAUUUUCUUGGCCAACUUCUUCCCGUCGCAGCUCAUCUUCGAGCAGCUGGCUGUCCUCUACAUGCUGCCAAAGUACAUGGCAAAGUCGCUGACCAUUGUCUUGCCGUACUUUCCAACGGCAACAAUGGAGCGGGUGGAUGAUGAAGGCCAAAUCCCAACAGCGGUAACGCUGGCGCACAUGCUGUCUGCUGUGCCGCCAACCCGCGGUGGUCCGCCGCAAGUCGUGGUCUACGACAUCCACACGCUGCAGGAGCGCUUCUACUUUGCAGACUCUGUUCUGCCGCGACUGGAAACGGCCAUUCCGCUGUUGCAGCAGCGGCUCCGCGCGACGUUUGGCGCCGAGUUGGAGACCGACGUGGUCGUCAUCUUCCCGGAUGACGGUGCCUCAAAGCGCUUUGCAAAGCGGCUGCAGGACUUUCACUGCCUCACGUGCUCAAAGAAGCGGCAGGGGGACCAGCGGGUCGUGUGGUUGGCGGAGGACGAGAGUUUGGAGGGGAAACACGCCGUCAUCGUGGACGAUCUUGUGCAGACCGGUGGCACACUCAAAAGCUGUGCACGUUUCAUCCACUCCCGAAACCCGGCCAGCGUCUCCGCAUAUGUGACCCACGCCGUGUUUCCACAAGCAAGCUGGAAAGGCAUCGUGGAGUGUGGCAUCUUCAAGCACUUUUGGUACACGGACACAUGUCCUGAAACAGCAAAGCAGCUGGCUGGCGUUGCUCCGUUUGAGCUCAUUUCCUUCACGCCGCACCUUGCUGGUCUCCUCUAUGACUUUGACCUCGCCGUCAGCUAAACCAACUGUGUGCUGUGCGUGUGUGUGUGUGCGUGUGUGUGUGUGUGUGUGUGU